GGAAGUCAAAAUGUUUUCAUUUGUGACGCAAAAUCAUCUGUUUACCAGUGUUUACAAACAUACUUUUGUCUUCUAUAAUUAAAUUUUACUCAGCUUAACAGUCAUCACUGAAUGUCCGACGGAAUGAAAAUAUCUCGAUGACGAUGGUCUAACAAGAAGACGGAAGCCUGAAUGGGUAUUUAGCCCAGGAGAUAGCGAGAAACAUCCGUUUAUUGCCAAACCCAACAACUGCAAAGCCAAAGGACAUCUCAGUAGCUCCGUCAGAGCGAACUAAUUUUGAACAGGAGUGGCGUUAGUGUUUUGGGUUUACACGAUUAUGAUACGUGAUCGAUAUAUCAUAUAAAGUCGCAGAAGAGAAUUUGUGGAGAAUGAAUGCAAGGUCUCAGGUGUUUGAGCUGUCUGUGGAAGGACGACAGAUCGAGGAGGUUGUACAGAGUAUUUUCCACACACUGCUUAUGCAUCGGACACUUGGAAAGUUCCAUUACAAGCAGGAGGGAAGCUACUCCAUCGGAACUGUUGGAAUCAUGGACGUCGACUGUGACUACAUAGAUUUCACAUAUGUCCGUGUAGCGUCUGAAGAACUGGACCAGAAUCUGCGCCAGGGAAGUCAGCAUGUUCGAGACACUCUCUCGUAGCCAUGGCGGUCCAAAUAAGUGGGAUCUGGCCAGAUAUCCCUGGAGUUCUACCAGAAGAAGCGAGCACGCUGGCCCUUCCAAGCAGAGUGUAUCCCCUGGGAAGUGUGGACGGUCAAGCUGGACAUCAUUACUCUGGCCAAUGAACAUGAGCGUCAGGUGUGCCGAGAGAGGCUGGGUGAGGUGCUCGCAGAGAAGGUCAUGUACGUGGCCGACACCAUGAACAGACAUGAAUACGUCCCCAAGAUGCCAAACCAGUCAGAUCUCGAUCUCAUCUUUGACACCGUGCAUUUCGAUGUGCAGCCAUAUCUCUACAGGAUAUCGCACCAGACGACGGGUCCAGCAGCAUCAGCAUCAGUCGGCACCACCAUGAGGAAGUUCCUGAAAGACACACUAGCAUUAUAACAAAUACUGGAUGUAGGGGAUAAUGACUAGACCAGUAGUACGUUAUACGGAUAUCUCCCUCUUGUAUCACGCGCUCGAGAUUAACUCAGUGUAUACUAACUAGGUUAUGCCUUCAUGCUUAUCAUAGUAAGGUUAAACAAUGCAUAAGUACAAUUGGGAGUCAUGCGGUUGUUAUCAGCUGAUAACUGUCUAGCCUGUUUCUCAUCCUGAUGAUUGUCUAGCCUGUUUCUCAUCCUGAUGAUUGUCUAGCCUGUUUCUCAUCCUGAUGAUUGUCAAGCCUGUUUCUCAUUCUGAUGAUUGUCUAGCCUGUUUCUCAUCCUGAUAACUGUCUAGCCUGUUUCUCAUCCUGAUAACUGUCUAGCCUGUUUCUCAUCCUGAUAACUGUCUAGCCUGUUUCUCAUCCUGAUAACUGUCUAGCCUGUUUCUCAUCCUGAUAACUGUCUAGCCUGUUUCUCAUCCUGAUGACUGUCUAGCCUGUUUCUCAUCCUGAUAACUGUCUAGCCUGUUUCUCAUCCUGAUGAUUGUCUAGCCUGUUUCUCAUCCUGAUAACUGUCUAGCCUGUUUCUCAUCCUGAUAAUUGUCUAGCCUGUUUCUCAUCCUGAUAACUGUCUAGCCUGUUUCUCAUCCUGAUAACUGUCUAGCCUGUUUCUCAUCCUGAUAAUUGUCAAGCCUGUUUCUCAUCCUGAUGAUUGUCUAGCCUGUUUCUCAUCCUGAUAACUGUCUAACCUGUUUCUCAUCCUGAUAACUGUCUAACCUGUUUCUCAUCCUGAUAACUGUCUAGCCUGUUUCUCAUCCUGAUAACUGUCUAGCCUGUUUCUCAUCCUAUUCUCAUGGUGUUUAGAUGGAAAAGACCUGCUAUAGUACUGUUGCAAAGUGCUUGUAUGAAAGACUUUGCCAAACAUUGGGCAAUAUCUAGGAUGGAUGUAUGUAAGACAGUGUUUCAGGGCACGAUAUUUUCUCUUGAUAAACAUGGCUUGACUCUUUUGGGAUCCAAUGAACAAGCCAGAACCACAUUUGGAAGACUGUUAUAGCAUGUUGAAAUCAUAAUUUCUUUCUAGUCAUCUAGGAGCUUUUGAGAGAUUUCUACAAAAGAUUUAGAAGCUUUCUACAUUUCAUAUGUAGAUGUAUGAAACGGUCAUGAAUUCUAAUAUGAAAAUUUGAAGAAGUUUGGAUGAAAGAAUGUUAGGUUGUUACAGUUAGCCCCUUGUGUUCAGUGUCAAAACAUCCAGAUUUGACUUUAACUCACUCAAUUUAGAACUAAAAGAAUUCAUCUCUUGACUUCCAGUGAACAUAAGCGCAUUUGUGGCUUGAGUUGUUGACCAUCUUCCAUUUUAUCAUUAGCAAGAUUGUAUCACAUUGGCAUAGCGUCAUUGUCAUAUAGUAGAACAUGGAUAUUUUGUACUGAAGGAUCGAGAAGGAGAAGUUUAGACUAGUAUGCGUUAUUACUAUAUGUAGAUGUUGCCAGUCUCUGUGAUGAUGAUGAUGAUGAUGAUGAUGAUGAUUUCUAGAUGACCCAGAUAAUGCUGAGUAUCAUUAUUCACAUACUGACCUCAUUUCACAAAUCAACCUUGACAAUAUUGCACACAGACCCUUGAUUUUAAUGCCAUUAAAUUUUGUGGAUGAAUUGUUUAUGGUACUUCAUCAGGGAUUGUUUUUAUCAAAAUUGAUAUCAGUGCUAUCAGUCCUGUGUGAUUAUUGGAGAUUAACAUGGUGUUAAUACACACAACUAUAUUGAGAUUAGAUGAUAUACAAAUAAAGAUAUAUAAUUGCUAUGUGAAAUGAGGACUGAAUUAGGUAGUAAAUGUUCAUUUUCUUCUCGCUCAUAAUCCAGUGGUCUCUGUGAGAAUUAUGUCUAGCUUUGUGUUUUGUGAUGGCGGGUGCAGGGUGUUACAGUAAAGCUAGGGUUAUAACAUGUACACUGAUGGGAUGUUAAUACUAGUAGUACUAUUUCACGUAAAUGUUAUCUUGUAUAUCUCAUGGCCAAUUAUGGUAAACCUUCCUAAACUUGCCUUGAUCCAUUUCCUUGGUUCUUGAAAUCUCAAAUUGUCUGUCCUUGAUUUUCAGUAACUUUUUCAGCCAAUCAAAUGUCUCGGUAAGGGGAAAGGAAAUGGGGAAGGGAGAACUUGCAACUGUUAGUAUUGAAGGACACAGAGACAUCCUUUCCUUCUAAAAGAUUAUUUAGGGCUUUAUUGUGCAUGUCAGUAAGUCUUCAGUGUUGAAUUUCUGCCUUUCUCAAUGUUUAUGAAUCAGACUGGUCACCAUGUCGUUGAUACUGCAGACCCAAAAUUGAGCUGUUUUGAAACUCUCAUUCUGAUUGGUCUGUUAGACAGAGUAGUGUAGCAAAUCAAAUUUGGUAAUAAAAAUCAAGGGCAAAUAAUUUUUAGUUUGUGAGAACCACAGGAAUUGAGCCAGGGGUUAGCAUAGUUUUACAGAAAAGUAAGAAUUGUAGAUGGAAAAAAGUUGGUACCUGACUUAGAAACCAAGCCAAAAAAGAAGAACCCGAAGUCAUAUUUUCUCCACAUCUGGAAGACAUGGUAAAGUAUAGGUAUCCGACCUUCGUGCAGUGAUUUAAAAACAGACAAUCAGUGUAGGGACAUCUUCAUGACUUUGCCAACUUCUGUAUAGCUCAUUCUAUCAUUUACAAAA